AUCUCUUGCACUCAAACAUUACAGUUCAUGAUAAGAGAAGCAUAACUGACUUACAUCGACACCUGUACAGUACAGCCAUGCUUCUAGGCUCACCUAAAAAAAAAAUAAAAAAAACUUCAGCAUGUGUUGUGUGCAUUUGGUCACAUAUCCAAAGCAUGUAUUAUUCAAAGGAGCGUAUGCAUGUGUGCGUGUUUUUGUGCAUUCAUGUGCAGUGACGCAUGUCUGUGUGACUCAGACUAAUCCUAUUAGGGCUCUCUCCCUCUCUCUCUAUAUUUACCUCAACCCUCUCCCUGAGAUUAACCCGGGUACUUUCUGCAAGUGCCUCUGCAGCUCGCUAAGCACUUUCCUACAGCACAGCUUGGAGUUCACCGGAACCAGGCUCAAAACUAUUCACUCUCUCAGUUAAUUCUGCACCCUGCCUGUUAAAUCAGCCUUAAAAACAGGAUACAAAAGAAUCAGUAUUAUGCUUUGAUGGCUUAAUGGGUGAUAUCAGACUCGAGCCAGCAAAUUAAGCUGCGAAGGGAAGAUUGAAACAAGCCCAUCCUACCUUUGCAAUCCAAUUUGUCUUCUUUUUCCAUCCCUCCUUUACUCGCUCCCUUCUUGUCUUUAAGUAAUAAGAUUUCUAGUGUUUAGCUGGUGUUUUAGGGCACACUCACAUACACACACAUCCUCUGCCCCUCAAUUACAGCACUGCCACACCUCCAGCUAUCUGUAAUCUCCCUUAGAGGACCACAGAGUGCAGGGUGAACAAAUUACAGAGAAAGGGGUGAAGACACAGUGAAAGGUGCCACUAAAAUAACAAGCUUCACAGGAUUUAAAGGAAGAGGGGGAAAAGGCAUAUGAAAUAAUAUAAUGUCUUGAAAGACAGGAGAAAAUCUGGAUUCCCUCUGUUUUUUUUUUGUGAGAGCCGAGGAGUUUCAAGAGGGCCUUUAUCCUUUUACAUUCCUGUCUUUCAUCAUGGUUGACCUUUUCCUAAACCGAGUUCUCAUCGAGAACAACUGGGACCAAGACGAACUCAACACUGAGCGUGAGAUCAUGGGGAUUCUUGAAAAUCGCAUCGUCAUGCUGCUCUUUGCAUCUGCUGAAUGUGAAAAGUGCCUGGAGUUUGUGCCUGUUCUGAACGACUUCUUUAAGAGACUGAAAGAUCCAGCAUACAUCGAAUACCCGAAACUGCUCGCACUUAUCUACAUCAGUUUGGACCAAUCAGAAGAGAAACAGGAAAAUUUCCUCAAAGAGCUGCACAAAAAGGUUCUGUUUCUGGCCUUUGAGGACCCGUACAGGAAGGAACUGCAGACCAUGUUUAAAGUGAAGGAUGUACCAACAAUAGUGGUCCUGCGUCCCGACGGCUCUGUCCUCUCUCCAAACGCUGUGCGGGACAUCUGUCGUUUCGGCUGUGACUGUUUCCAAAACUGGCAGGAAUCGGCCGAGCUUGUUGAAAGGAGCUUCAUGCUCAACGAGGAGUUUGACAACCUUAACUUGCGCAGUGCCACUGACCCUGUGAGGAGGCUCAAGUACAAGACAGAGGACGACAAACGCAAAAAGAGAUGGUGGAAGUUAUGGGGGAAGGGAAAAGAUGGAAAUGAAGAGGAGAAAGAUGGAGCAUGGGAUACCAAGAGAAAUGAGGGAGAUAACAAUACCUGGAGGAUAAGAUGAGGAAAACAUAUAUCAUAUAAUAUAUUCUGUAUGUUAUCACUCAGACAUUUAGGAGAAAUAUUUUUGUUUUAGAAAGAAAUUUUUAUCUGCUGUUCCAGAAAAUUGAUCAGAAAUGUUAUCAAGAUUAACUGCUUUAAUUCAUAAUCAGGAAUUUAUGAUUAUGAAUUUAUGUAGAGCUUGCAUGCUCUCUCUGUGUUUGGGUGGUCUGGCUUUCUCCCACACUCCAAAGACAUGAGUGGGUUUAGAUUAAUUUGUGAAUCUAAAUUCCCUGUGAGUGUGGAUGGUUGCCUGUCUCUAUGCGUUAGCUGUGCAAUAAAUUGCUGACCUGUCCAGGGUGUACCCUGUUAUAGCUGGGACUGGCUACAGCCCCCUCAUGACCCUGAAUUUGGAUACCAGUGAGAAGAUGGAUGGAUGUAUGAAUAAUAACCGGGAACUGUUUUUUCAACAACCAUCAGUCUUUGUUUUUGAAUUAAAGUUUAUUUUACCAGUUUUUCUUGGUGUGCCAUAUAUAGAUAGAUAGAUAGAUAGAUAGAUAGAUAGAUAGAUAGAUAGAUAGAUAGAUAGAUAGAUAGAUAGAUAGAUAGAUAGAUAGAUAGAUUUUUUCAUACUGUGUCCACUAAUCAUUUUACAAACCAGCACAAUCUGGCUCUGUGAGGUGUUUUUUCUCAAGCCAAAGACUCUGAUGCAGUUGUUGUCUUGCACAGUUUUGCACUCUGGCUUCCAGCUUCUCUUUCUAAUCAAGUUAGAACCAGCUUGGGAUCUUCUUUGUAGGGUUAGGUUGGUGCAUGCCAUUGUAGGGAACAAUACAGUUUUGUUUUGUUUUUUUGUUAAUUUCCUGAGUGGAAUAGCCUUCAUUUCCUAGAACAAGAAUAAUCUGUUGCGCUUCUUUUUAUUAACCAUUUUGAGACUCACUUUAAUGUUGCAUAAGAUGAAAACAAAUUUCCUUUUCUUAAAAAACCCCAAAACAAGCAGAGAGCAGAUGUAGGCUAUAAAGCAGACUGUUUGAAACUAACAUCUACUAUUACUGCUCAUCUGUUGUUGUGGAUACCUACUGUAUAUGUUGAUGGUGUUUUUUCUUUUCUUUAUAUUUUGUUGCUACUAUUCAGUUGGUGAUAUUCACUACCACAAGAGAUGCCACUGUUUUUAUUCAGAAAACACAAACAUGUACAAACCAAUCCUGACUAAAUGUGUGAGUAUCGAUCCCCAGGAUUCCAGUCUAAAGCUCUACAAAUCAAUACCUUCUUAUUGACUUAGGAUCAAAUUACUGUGUAUAGCAAGAGAGGACUCACGUGUAUACUGGCUACUCCAGCUGUGCAACUCUACAGACUUUCUUCCCUCUUCUUUACCCUUUCUACUGACAAUAUAAUUCUUCUGGCAAAGUAAUUCAAGACAUAUCAGCUCCAUUUCCAGCAGCAUCAGGCAGCUGUUUUCUGAGCUAAUAAUCAGUGGAAUGUACGUGUGCUGCUCAGCACGAUAAAGAAACAAGACGAGAAAUUAGCUGGAGAAAAAAGUCCAGCUUUCUGCAGCUAACAGUCAAGAUAUAAUAUUUUCUCACUGGGGAGGGGAGACAAAAGUGAAUGCUAAAAACAGGUAACAGGCUUAAAUUAAUCAGAUACAGAGACUGAUAUCUGCUGGAUAUGUAAACAGGCAACUAUUUUCAACCACACUGUUUUUUUGAAUAAUAUUUGGGCAAAAAAAACCUAAAAAUAUACAUGUAAUUGCAUUUUUUGGCUACAUUUAGGUGCUGGCGCCUGCUUGUUUUGUAACUGAAAUUAAUGUCUUGUCAGUGUGUUAUUUACUUUCAUAACACUGUUAUUUGUCUUUACUAUUCUUUAUUAACUACGUCUCCUCAGAGUUUGCACUUUGUUAUUGCAUAGUUAAAUGUGAAUUGUAUGCUCUCCAAAAUCAUUAAAUUCUCUAUUCUUUUAAUAUAAACAGUGUCUGUAUCACUGCUGUGCUUUCAUGGCCAUAUUGUAGUGUUCCCAGUAGAGCAAAUCAAACUAUCACUACGCACAUA